AUGUCAUCGACGGCUCCUCCUGGCGCACCAGCCGCCUCUCCCACCACAAAUCGCGAAACCACAAGAACCUUCGCUAAUGUUGUCGAGAGCCCACCCUCCAAGCCUCAGGGGCCUGAACGACCAUCCUUCCGCCCUGGCCACCAAAAGAUCGCCUUCACGGAUCCUGUUGCGCUGCGGUACCUGGAAGAGGAUCCGUCGACUAUCGUGCUGCACCGACGUUUAACUCUGGAGGGUUAUGAGAUAUACAUUGUUGAGCAGUGGGCAUGCUCGAGGAUACACCCCACUUUCAUCAUUACAACAUACACAGGGGAUACUUCGCAUAAAGUAGUCGUUGGCGUGUUAGGUGUUCCUACAGACCAGUCGGCGUGGUCUCCAAGGUUGAAACUGUACUUCAACGCUGUGAAGCGAUGCCAGCUACGAGAGAAGGAAACGCCUUUGGGUAUAGUCAUGGUGACCGAUCUGAACUCGUUUCCGUCGGGCCUAACGGUCAUACCUGUACCUCAUGGCGAUGUCAUUAAACACCGGGAAGACUUCAUUGUAAAUGAAAACCUGAAGCGGCUAGGCUGCGCUGGGCGAGCCGGGUUGAAGCUCCAACCCCCAGCAACCGCCACCGUGGCAAAGUUUCAUCAACUCUACCGAACGAGCGAAAGAGUUCCCCUCUACAGCGCUGUGAUGGAGCUUGUUAAACAAUGCCAGAUCGCUUUGAUGAUGUUCCUCAACUUAGCACCAGAAUACGUGGACGGGCUACUUUGCGAUAUCACAGAAACUGCUGUAGGGGAUUGGUGGACUGAUUUCGGGAUGGACUUGUACAACAUUGAACCAAGCGAUGGGAAACUUGGACCAACUACAGUGGCAGCCUUGCUAGGAACGCUCAUGGGAGCUCGCAACCGACUUCAUGCAUGGGGUGUUCCCGUCGGUAAGGAUCCAUUUGAUAUAACCGGCCUCAAGCGCGCGAUUGGAAGCUUUCAAAAAUCUCAAAAAUUGAAACGUACCCGGCGUCUGGACCGGCGUACCUUGGAUAGACUACACCGAGUCACUGCCAAGGCAGCAAACGCAGAGGGCUGGACCGAUGCUGUCAAAUCAACAAUGGCCGAGCUCAGUGGUCAUGGUGGUGAAAUGGUCAUGGACAUGGUUCGUGGGAAAGAGAAAGGUGGAAUUGCUGAUAUCGAAAAUAUCGAUAUUGACAACUUCACCCAGCUAAUAACCGGUGAACGGGCAAAAUGGUUAUGGCGAGGGAAACCGCGCAAAAGUGCCAUUGAGUCUAACGGCCCACCAGCUGCAGAUAUGAUGUUCACCACCGACGAACAAGGCGGCUAUGUCUGGACCAGUCGCAAGCGCCAUUCGCACGAAGACUUGGGUGUGAACCCCUCUUACCAGAAAUCAGACCGUUCAUGGAAGCAGUCGGACACGGCUGGUUUUCCCGAAGAGAAGGACCAAAACCUCGGCUCAAUGGUCAAGAGAGGCGUCAGCGGGAAGGUUUUAGAUGCGCGAAUAGGAUUUGGCAAAUUCAAAGACGCGGUCGGGCUACCUGGUCGUCGAUCACUUCUACAGAAGACCAAGGAUGGCCCGGAAGUUGGUGGCGAUGCUGUCCAACUCGCCUUAGCGGAUAGUGAUGUGGAGGCCGGACCGUUGACGACAAUCGAAACAGGUGCUCAGCCCUCGUACGAGGGCGGGCCUUUGCUCGAACCGCGAAUUUCAAAUGACGCGGAACAAAAGCAGCCGCUGGAACCUACCGGGCAAGCCUCUGAAACAGUGCCGCCGGCAAUCACGGUAGACCAUGUUGCAACCAACGAGGACACGGACACGUCCCGUAAAGGCUCUGCAGCCCGAACCGACGACGACUUACAGGACUUAGACCGCUUCAAAUCGCAAUCUACUGAAGCAUCGGGCCUUUCGGGCGAUCAAGAGAAUGUGCCAACAGCCGCAUCUUGUGCCAUGGCCCUGCGAAGACCACAUAGCUGUGACGAAUUAAAUUAUGACAGCGACCUUGACCACAGGAACGAAUAUUGGCCACGACAUUUAUCCUUCAGCACCGUUGAGGAGGUCGUCCUAGCCCGGAAGGGACUAGACGAUAAUAGGAUUUUCGAAAAGCCCGACGCAUCUCUAGAGGAAGCCAUAAUCCACGAGGAUGUGCUGGCCUCUGAUGCACGGAUUUCGGCGUACCGAAUCCGGGAUCUUGAGAUGAAAACAGUCCCAUGGGUCGAGAAUCAAGUGUCUUCGGUUGACAAACUAAACCAAAGACUCUAUGAAACACAUGAGCAACUCAGCUCAGACUAUCUUGAACGAUUUGAGUUAUAUCAACAGGUCCGAGAGAAAUCCAGCGACUUACUAGCUGGAGAGCACGCUCAGCUAACAGAACCCAUGAGACGAGUUGAAAUGCUAGGCGCAAAACUUGACUACGAACUACACGCUCUCGAGUCCAAGGUUGAAGACGUUGAGACCGGACUUGGGGAAUUUGAACGACAUGUUGACGAUAUUGAACAGAGAGUCAAAUCUCUGGUUCGCGGAGAAGAAGAGAAGCAGAACUACUCGUGGCUGGCCUGGUUAUUCAGACUAGGUGGGUGGUAG